AUGAAACCAGCAAGUUUAUUAUUACUAUUAAUAUUUGCAUAUGUAUCAAUUUUAGUACGAGGCAAUGAACCUCCUCAAAACCCAUACUCCUCUCAAUAUGGUAUCGAUAAUGUUCUUAUGAAUUAUGUUGCAUAUUGUGAUGCUGAACAGAUCAUUGAUUGGAGCUGUUAUAGAUGUCAAAACUUCCCACAUGCAACAAACGCCAAAGUGAUUCAAAACAAUGAAACAAGUACAAGAGGAAUUAUUACAACUUAUAAUAAUACAGUUUAUGUUGCUUUCAGAGGAUCAGUAUCAACAACAGAUUGGAUUGAGAAUUUUGAAUUCUUCCAUGUUGACUAUCCUAAUGUAACUGAUGCCAAAGUUCACUAUGGUUUUUAUCACUCAUGGUUGAGUGUAUCCGAGGAAAUUUAUGCUGGAAUUGUAGAUUCUCUUAAACAAUGUCCAGAUUGUAAUAAAAUAACUGUUUUAGGUCAUUCUUAUGGUGCAGCCGUUUCAACUUUUUGUACAGUAUCAGUUGUAAAUUGGUUCCCAAAUAUCAAUGUUUAUUCAAUGACUAUUGGAUCUCCAAGAGUAGGUAACGACGUUUUCGCUCAAUACUAUAAUAGUAUUCAUAGAAACAAUUGGCGUAUCGUUAAUCAACAAGAUCCAGUUCCACAUCUCCCACCUGAAUAUACCAUCUAUGAAUAUCACCAUGUACCAAAUGAAGUAUGGUAUCCAAAUAAUGUAACAACUUAUAGAAUUUGUAAUGAUAGUGGUGAAGAUAAAUCUUGCAGCGAUUCAGUUGACCCAUUAAAAUAUAACACUUCUGAUCACCUUGAUUAUUUAGGUCAACGAUGUUGUUGCUAA